AUGACGGAUCAGGUAGAGUCUACAGAGGUUUUGAUUGUUGGAUGCGGCCCUACAGGGGCAAUGAUGUCCGGCUAUCUGGGCCAACUCGGAGUAUCCAACAUCGUGAUCGAGAAAGAGUCAGACAUCAACACAGAUCCUCGUGGAAUUGCUCUCGAUGAUGACGGAAUUCGAUUGGUUCAGGGUCUCGGGCUGUACGAACAUAUCUUCACUGAGAUCGGAAGCACCGUAUCAAAAGUCCGAUUUGUAAGUGGGAACCAUCACAAUCUAAACGCGAACCCAUUUCUCGUUUUUGAUACAGGCUCGAUCGAGGGACAUACGAGCCAUGUUGGCGUUCUUAGUCAUAAGCAACCAACACUCGAAAAGUAUCUACGAACGGCGGUCGAUAAAGCAGAAACCAGCGAAUUGAGAAACAACUGCACUUUGACGUCGAUAUCAGAAGAUGCAGACUGGGUGUACGCGACAUACAACGAAUCCAGCACGCAGAGAAAAAUCCGAGCCAAGUUCCUAGCCGCAGCAGAUGGGAAGACCGGCUUCACUCGUAAGAACUAUCUAGAGCCCAAAGGUAUCCGACUAGACUGGGCUGGGCAGACCAAAUAUCAGGAGACUUGGGUUGCGCUGAACUGGAAAAUGUCUCUACCCUCGGAGAAGACGCAUCCCGAUUUUCCCCUGUGGAAUUUAGGGUACACACCUCAGCAGGUCUAUGAUCUUUUUUUCCCGGAAGAUUUUCGUUUCCUGUGUAAUCCAGAACGACCAGCUGUGUGUGGUCGAUUUGGUCGGCCCGAGGACCGGCUUUGGAGAUUCGAAUUUGUCGUUUCGCGCGACGAAGAUGGUAUGGAAUUGGCAAAGCCUGCAAGGAUUCGCCAGCUCGUGCAUCCUUAUUUGAAACACGAAGGAAGUCGUUACGGACUGAAAGAGGAUGUUUCAUUUCCUGAAGACUGUAUUGAAGUCCUCCGCUGUCGACCGUUUAAUUUUUCCGCGAGAAGCUGCAAUAAGUGGGCACUUGGCCGUGUCAUUCUAUGCGGCGAUGCAGCCCAUGUCUUCCCACCAUUCGGAGGACAAGGAAUAGCAUCUGGGUUUCGAGAUGCUAUCUCCAUUGCGUGGCGUCUCGCCAUAGCAUGCUCACCAGGGUCCAAGGACCAUGCCCGUCUUUUCGAAGGCUGGUACCUAGAAAGAAAGCAGCAACUCGAUGAAUCACUCGCGAAAACCGUCAAAAAUGGCGAUAUGGUCAACGGGAAAAAUCCGAUUCAAAUCUUCCUCCGCGAUUGGGGGUUAUGGGCACUCCAGCUACUUCCCUUUUGGAAACAUUGGAUCGAACGAGGUCCUCGCAGUGAUGGUCCUACUCGGUAUAGGCACUACCCAGGUAUGCCUAUGCAUUUCAUGCCAGAUCUUGGGGGAGGGGAGUACUUCCCACAGACGUUUUGUAUUGGAUUCCAGCAGGAUGCAGUUGUACAAUUCACCGACGAUGUCAUUUUUGGGGGUAAGACGAAAAUGUUUCAAAUUGUGGUUCUACUAAGCGAUCCACAUGAGCUGGAUGCGGCAAUUUGUGAAUUGGACGGGAUAGAUCGAUUCAGUAAUCUGCUGUCACAGGAUGAAGCUACGUUCUUUGUCUCCCGCAGCCAGUGCGCCAGAAUGGAUCAAUCCGAGCACCGGUUAUUUCGGACAGCAACCGGUGAUGAGUUUGGACAAUCUUCUUUGUGUGCCUGUCGCCCCCAUCCUCAUGGCUAUGAUGAAACGCUCAUUUGGAAGAGUGUUUCAUCCAAACGAUAUGUUAUUUUGAGAUAUGAUCGAUUUGUUUUUGCGCUUUGUAACACAAGGGCCGAGUUGGAGAAGGCAGCCACGCAAAUGACCCAGAUAUUCUGA